UUGGUCAUGGGUGGUUUUGGGACGAAACACCCCACAAAUUCUGCAGCAAAUUACUCAUUCUCUCUUCCUCUAAAACCCCCUCCAACCCCCUCGAAUUCUCUCUCUCUCUUUCCCUCUUUGUGUAGGCGUAACUUCCAUCCACGCUUUCCCACCAUUGGCUUUCCUCGGAAAACCAAUGGCUUCCCUCUUUUGUCCUUUCUUCUUCUUCUUCUUCUUCCUUCUGGUUUCCAUGGCUUCCUCCACCACCCUUUCCUAUGAUAUAUUCGAUUCUCAUGGAUCCAGUACUUCUUCCCGUUCCCUCCUUCAGGCCAAAAAGAGUUGUGGUGUGAACUUUGAGGCCCAAAACUACACAAUCAUCACAAGCCAAUGCAAAGGACCCCAAUACCCUCCCAAGAACUGUUGUCAGGCUCUUAAGGAAUUUGCUUGCCCUUUUGCAGAUGAGAUCAAUGAUGAGCAAAGUGAUUGUGCUUCUACGAUGUUCAGCUACAUAAACCUCUAUGGAAAAUACCCACCUGGUCUGUUUGCCUCACAGUGUAGGGAAGGUAAAGAAGGCCUUGAUUGCACUGAAGCACUCUCCCCUAAAGCAUCUCCAAACAGCAACAGAGGUCAGCUUACAUCAAUUCCCUCUACAUUGCUAAUUUUCACAGCUGCUUUAUUUGCCUCUUUAUUCCAUUUGUACUGAAGGAUCAAAAGUGGACAGGAAAAAAAAAAGCACACCAUACUUGUAUUCCAUUAAUCUGUUAUUCUUUCUUCUCUUCAAAAUUUGUUCUUUUUCUCUUUUUUGCUUGUACCAACCAUUCUGUGUAAGGAAUCUGUUUACUAUUAUUUAAACAAACAGGCAAAACAAUUAUAAUCUCAUCAAAUUUAAAUCUUUACUGAUCUAAACCAUCAGAUUAAUCUGCA